AUGGAUCAGCCUGGCUCUCUUGAGGACUUAGAAACUGCCGGUAGUGCCUUCAGGCUUCUGUCAGAGGCCCCAGACGCGAGUGUAGAGCAUACUCUGCAAGACGAUCUUGUCUCUUGGAACCCGAAUCCUGAUUUCUCGAGCGACAGGGAGUGCAUCAGCUCACAUCGGGAGCCAUCCGAGCUUGCAGUUGAGUCAGAGCCUGCUGAUGCCUUCUUUGAGGGUGGUAUUGGCUUGAGUUCUGAAUCUGUGCCCGGGCUUCCUGCAGUACUCAGUGGCAUCGAGCAUAACCCGCAAGGUUAUAGGAACCUUUUGCGCUCGUCGCACCUUGGCCUUCGUGACGAGCUUCCGAAGUUUCCUUGGGAUGAAGGUUUUUGGAGCGACUUCUUCAAGCCUGUUGUGACGACUGACGACUUCUUGUCUUUUCCCAGGUUUGAUAGGUUAAGCCCUCCGGUGGAGUUCCUGCAAGAGGCUUUAGAGGCAGAUGAGCUGCCUGGGCCCAAACGUGCUCGCAAAGCUGUUACAGUCACCUUCGAGCGAGUUGUGUUAAAUCGUGCUGUGAUCUCCUGGAGAGAUCAGCGAGAAGCCGACUUGAGCAGAGCGCUUAUCAAGUGGUGUAGAGUUUUUGCAAGCUGGGACAGUGAAUCUUCCCCUGUCACCCGUCAGCUUCAGGAAGCCGCCUCGCCUGAGGCCUGUCAUGACCUCCUGGGAGAUUAUUUGGCCCGCAAAGCUCCCAGUACAUGUCUCAAGCGUGCAAAUAGCAUGUUGAUGUUGGGCAAGUCUGUAGCUUCCGAAGGCUUAACAAUGCCCAUGCAGGAGCCGUCUCUUUACUCGAUUUUGAGAGAUUGUAAAGCCGGUGGUGCAUCCUUGUCAGCUUUGCGAGGCAUCAUGGAAGCGAUCACUUUCGUGCACUUUACAUUUGACAUUUCGACUUUGCAUGCCAGUGUCAAGAGCAAGAGAUGUUGGGGCCUGUCCUCAGCCAAGCAAGCCACUCUUGCCUCUAAGGCAGACCCUUUCACAGUUGAAGAAAUACUUGAGAUGCAUCGAAUACUUUACGAAGGGGACGAUCUCUGGGAUCGUCUCAUGUGUGGAGUGUCCCUCUACUGCAUCUACGCCAGGUGUCGAUGGAGCGACUUCCAACAUGUUGACUCGCUCUCUCUGGAGUGUAACGACCAGGGCUUUGCAGAGUUCGGCUCAGCUUUCAUCGAUGUGCAUAAGACAAUGAAUUUCUCCUCAAAACUUCCGAAGUGUCUUGAGCUAGUUGCGGUAGGCCGUGGCCUCGAUGGCAAAGAUUGGCUCUGUGUGUUCAUGGAGGUCCGAAAGGCUUUAGGCGUCGAGUACCACAAAGGGUACCCAAGCAUGCCCGCCCCCGACAAAUCUGGCGCCCCGACGGUCAGGGCUUUGGGAUCUGACGAAGCAGGUGCGUGGCUCCGAGAGCUAUUGCCUGGGCGUGAAGGCCGGCGCACCACCUCCCACAGCUUGAAAGCCACUCUGUUGUCUUUUGCAGCUAAGAGAGGGUUGGCUCACACUGACCGGCUGGCCUUAGGCGGGCACUUCCAUGGGGCUCACAUGGCUGAUGUAUAUGCGCGGGAUGCCUUAGCACGCCCAUUGCGACUUCUGGCGGGCAUGCUGUCUGAGAUCAGGCUAGGAAAGUUUGCACCAGAUGCUGGCAGGGCUGCUCGUUUUCCUGGGCGCACCAAUGAGGAAUUGAUAGGGGCCGAGCUGCCCACAGGUGUCGCCCAUGCCGUUCCCACGGAACCUCAGCCGCUAGAUGAAGUCCACCUUGGCAGCAGCAAUCGCGACAGCAGCGCUAGGGGUCUUGAAAGCUUCUCUCAGUGGGAUCUUGUCUCCUUGGGGGCACCGUCACAUGCAUCGAAGGCCGUGAAGUCGGAUGCGUGCACUUCCCAGGCGGGAGGCGAAGUCAUGAGUGUGAAAUCGGACAGAACAGAACCUCCGAGUCCCGAUUUUUCUGAGGGUGUUGGCGACCUGAGCCUCAUGCCUGAUCGAGCGCCGCAGGGAUCUUUUGAGAUAGUUCCGGAAGACAUCUCCGAAGUCAAUCCCGAUGACGGUGUCUCCUCUGACGGAGACACGUCGUCGGAAGGCUCCUCAUCCGAGUCGUCUGAUUCUUCUGAGGGAGAAAAUCCGGAGCCCAGGCUGAUGCCCCCGCCUUCGCCUCCUGAAGGUACCUUCUUCAUGCAGCAUCGCAAGCUCAAAACUCUGCAUUUGUUGUUGACCGGGCACCGCAGCUUCACGCUGUGCGGAAGACCGUUGCAAACUAUCGACAGCCCCUUCAUUGAGCCUGGCCGGCUGAGGACGGACAAGCCCAUAGUGCUGAGAGUUGCCAUGACCCUCGUUGACAGCGAGGCUGCUUUUGCAGCUAGGUGUAAGGAGAUAUGUGGCGACGAUUCUCUUCACACAUUGCUGCAAGCCUCGGGGGUGCAAACUCACUCAGCCUUGGCCUUCAGCUGUGGAACUCCGAAGGCGCAACCCACGGAAGCAGAAUUUAAGGCUUUUGCUGAGUCAGUUGUCGGGAGCCCAGCGUCCAUAGGCCGCGUGAGCCAGCUCAAAAGACUUCAUUUCGAAUCCUCGACUUUGGUCAUUGCCCAGUUGCGCGCACUCGUAGAAGGGGAUUCAACAGAUGCUGGAAAAAGACUUCCGGCAGCAGAGAAAUCCGCCCGACUUGCGGAUGCCAAGAGGCGUUUGAAAGGCCUUGUCAUCGAGGAUGAGAUGGAGCCGAGUCAUGCCCUCAUUGAUGCAGUUUCCCAUAUGGGCGAGUCGAAUGCGGUGGUUUGGAUCCCACCGUCGAAGUGCACUAAGAGGGAUGCCGAACUCAAGCUAGGGCUUCGCGACAAGCAAAAGUACUUGACUGUUCAGGAGCAAUCAGUCACCUUGGCCCCGGCUCCAGAUAAAAUCGUCGCUGAGCAUGGGACUCCCUUGGAGGUCCAAUGGUGUCUCCAGCGCCGAGGCUUGGCUUUCUUCAUGUGCGGCUUCAUGGAGUGGGAGACUCACGAGAAGUGGGUCGCGUCUCUGCUUAGAUGUUUGUCAUCGGAUGUCAAGCGUGUCAAACCUGACAGCAGUGGUGUGAUGGAGAUGGAUGUUCUUAUGAAUCGGCACCGUGACCUCAGGAAUCUUCCUGGGUCUUUGAAUGGCGUUGAUUUGCUGGUCUCAGCAGGGCCCGUCACGUUUGAUGCGACGGUAGAGCACGAAACUUUAGACUGGACCAACGGUGGUACCGAUGCACCUGCCUCGGUUCCUGCACUCAGCCAUACAACCACAGCUGCUUCUGAUACCGUCUCUGGAGUCAUUAUAGAUGUAUUCGCUGGCGAUGCCGCCUUUUGCAAAGCCGCGCACAAAGCCGGCUUUAGAGCCCUAGCCUUCGACCUUAAGCCCCAGCGUGCCCAAUUCCCAAUUCAACCUCUCGACAUAACGCAGGCCGAUGAGCUUGCGGUGCUCCUGGAGGUGAUUUCCGAGCACGCAGGUGCUACGUCAUUGGUGCAGUUCACUGUCCCGUGCUUGAGUACCUUCUUCACGUCAAAGACUGGAUCAUGGAGUUUCGCUGAGUUGCUGGUGGAUGCUGUCUUUCAGCUUUGUUCGCAUUGCAGGGCAGUGGGAGUUCCUUUUGCGAUUCUGCACCCUGCUACAUCGCGCUUCUGGCACAUGCCGUCUUGCCAACGCUUCUUCCAAGCUGCAGACGGUGAAUGGACUACAUUUGACCAAUGCAUGCAUGGAGGGGCCCAGGUCAAUGAUGUCUUGUCGAGCCCCUGGACAUGGUCCACUAAGCAUUGCACGCACGAUGCGCGCACACCGACCAAGGAUUUCUCUGAUGUCUGCGGCUUAUUGCCUCCGACUGAGCAUUCUCCAGUGCUUGAAGUUGUAUGGAUUGGCAUCCCCCGUGAACCGGAUGACUUUUUACGUCGAGCCGUGGCAGCCGGUCACCCGAAAUCCCUUCUUGAUGUCGAAGCCGAUCCGCACAUGACCUUGCUAAUAGACAACCUUCUGAACAGCAGUGUCAAACAGCCAGACAAAGGUUUGCAUGAAGUUCAGCGUUGGACCGAGCUACGGUCGGACCUCUCCGAAUCCCAGGAUUUGUGCAAAAAGGAGUGGCCCAUCCAUGUGGCGCAGGUUCUGGAUGCAAAGCCAACUCUGCUGAUGGACGACUUGCUCACACAGCACGACUUUCCAGACCGCCAAGCGCAGUUCGUAGCCAUCAUUGAUGAGCGGCAAGAAGUGGCCGUAGCCAUGGCAUCUGGCCCCCUCAUCAAUGACAUUGAUGAGGGGCAGCAGGAGGGGCGUACGGAAUCCGUCAAUGUGACGGAGGCGGCGGAAGACGUGCUUCUCAUCAGGACAGGUGAUCCUCAGCAGCCAACAGGGGGGGGAGGCAACGAGCUACAGUAUGAAACCAUCAACAGGCUCCUACUUAAGCAUGUUGGUAUCCGCGGGGUUGCUCGCGCCGGGCUUUCACUGGUGCCUCCACUAGCGGUAGCGCAGGCAACCAGCCGUCUCGUCCAGGCUACACAGCUCGGCCCGCUGCGGGUGGGGGCCUCCUCUGCCAGGUUGAGGGCUGCCAGAAGCACGCAUCAAGCCGAGGGCCUGGAACCGAUUAACGGGGUUGCCUUCAACCUUUGCCUGGUUAGCUCGGCCCGCCUACUCACGGAGGUCUACCUCUUUGUCACCGCAGUCCGUUAUCCGCAGCACCAGACGGGCCUACGCUUUCUUGAGAUCCCGGAGUCGGAGGAACAAGGUCAACGCCUUGUCCUGGUCAACCCGUCCAAUCGCCUGCUUCACAACUUCCAAACGUUUGUUGGCCUGAGCAAUGCAGGGUUGACUGACGAGAAUGACCAGUUACACUCCAGCGAAGGAGUGAAAGGCCAACUACUGGAGGAAUGGGCGUGCGAACAGGAUGCCAGUCUUCCGAGGCCUGCCGAUAUCAACGCGGUACAGCAGGCAGGAGCGGUGCGGCGGUUCUUGGCCCGCAGGCACGCGGAACUCGGCUCCUUGAUGCAUUGGGCGGAUGCCAACGAGCGUAUGGGCCUACCUCCCGACUGGGCACGGGCCGUGCCGGGCCUCUAUAUAGCCAGGUACGUCAAGCAUUGCCGAGGUCACCAGGUCAAUCCUUUCCCUGUCACCGAAGCCGGGGUCUAUGCUUUCCUUCAAGACUAUGCAUCACACGAGGCGCCCACUUUCGCAAGGAGCUUCUUGAGCAGCCUCGCUUUUGCAAAGUUCACUGUGAGCUUGAAGGUGAGCGAUGAAGUCUUUAGCCCCAGGGUCCGUGGGCUGUCGUCGAAGCUAUAUCUUGAUAAGAGAAAGACUCGACAGAAGCCAGCUCUUAAAGUUGAUCAUGUGCGCAAGUUGGAAGCCAUUGCAUCUGGUUCGAUCAAUCUCGAUCCCGCAGAUCGGGUCGCUGCCGGCUUCUUUGUUUGGACCCUUUACGCACGAGCGAGGUACUCAGAUGCCCAGGCUGCAGGUGCAAUGACUUGCGACUUGAGUGAUACCCCAGAUGGCGUUGUGGGUCAGGUAUUGCACAUGUUCGCUCCCAUCCAGGGAAUAGGCGAGGUGCCCUGGGGUGUUAAGUGGUUUGAGUUCUAUAAAGUGCAUGGGAGGGUGGCAAACGGCGCCGUUGGCGGUGGCAAGUGCCACGAAAUGGAUGAAGCGACGACCUUGAGUUGGAGCGCCAAAUUCGGAUUAGCCCGCGAGGUGAGGGCGGCCCUUGGUUAUCACGCCAGGGGCCGUGAUGGAACCGAGAUCAUCUAUGGGAGAGACAACAUGUCUGCUCCUGUGCGCCGGCUGCAAGAGGUCCUGCUCGAAGUGUCACGCGAAAGGUUCAUGCCGGAUGCCACCAGGUCCGGCUACUUCGUGAAGCGCUUUGGAGAUCCGGAGGGGAUGCCCAUUCCUCCUGACGAGGUUCUGUCGGAUUCUUCUUCCGAGGCCAGCGAGGAUGCCGAGGAUGUCGAUCAUGAAGCUGCGGAGGCCGCCGCCGAUGAGUUGGGGAGGCAAUGGGAGCCCGAUGCAGGAGGGCGACAAGUUCAGAUGUGGCAGGAGCAUCUCAACCAGGUGGGAAACUUGAGGAGGCUGGCUUUCAUUUCUUCUUUCACCCCUGGCCAGACAGACGAGGAGCCUUUGAUGCGGGUGUUGAAGGAUAUCCUGAAACGAGAUCUGACAAUCGCAGACAAGGCCAAUUGGCGUGCGGUGUACAAUGAGGCUUAUGCCAUUGUGACCGCGGAAAUGAAGCAGCGGAUCGAGAAGGCCGAUCCCGAGUCGACUGUCAGGCCAUUGUCGCAGCCUGAGAGGUCUGAGCGUUACGAGCGGCAGGCAAAGAAGCUUGUCGGAAUUUCGCUAAAGGGGCCUCUGGAGCCUGCCGAUGCACUUGUCGACCUUGCUGUGGCCUCCUACGAGGCGAAUGAGCUCAGGUACAUUCCGUGGGACCGGUGUGUGUCAAAGGAAGCUGAAUUGGCUGGCGAGAAGAAGCGAGAUGUUAGGUUCACGGUCGAAGAGUCCUCUGGCAAGCUUCGGAUUGAGCAUAAGCAGCCUGACUUGGUUGCGGAUACUUCAUCAGAGAUUCUUGUUCAGCAGGCCCUCACGAGGAGGUCUCUGGCCAUGGAUCAGGCGAACCUGAUCGAUUUCAGUGUCUCCGACCAAUGGACUCAGCGCUUGAUGAAGGCUCGCAUGCAGACGCCUGCGGAGCAUUUUGUCAGGCCCACUUGGAAGCAGCUUGAGUCGGCGGAUAGGCAGCUGUUUGCCGAGCUUCGUGAUAAGACCAGGGCAGGAGUGCAGACCGUCGCAUCGGGUCGCCCGUUGGACACACUUCUGCCGGAUGUUCCCCAGAAGCCGGAUGCUCCCAAGUGGGAGAGGCCAUCUCCUUACACCAAAGGUGGGGGCAAAGGAAAGAAAGGCUGCUCGACGAAGGGGCAGAAGUGCGAGAAGGGCUUGCACAUCUGUGCAGCGGCCGGUGCUCCAGAGAGUGUGCAUCAGCCGGCAGCGAGGACAGCACAGGUGGAUGAUCUCCGAGAGGGAGUUCAUCGGCCGAGCAAUGCAUGCGCGGGCGGCUCUCCUCCGAGUGGAGUGGAUUGUCGUCCGCAAUCAGGUGUUGAUCGAGAGGAUCAUCACGUGCACAACGUUGGCUCUCACAGUGCCAUCGCCAGGCCAUCACCAGGUGUGGUGGAGGCCGCACGCAGCAGGUCCCCGAAGCCCCGUGACGGGGCGGAGUCACAGAGCGGCACAGCGAGCUCUUCACUUGACGAGGGUCAUGUGAGUGCCACCGAUGUUCUGCGAGUCUUCGAUGGUCUUCCUUCGGAUGCCUUGAAGAGGGGUGCCGAUGCACCUCUCCCAACUUCGAAAUCUUAUGCCACGGGAGCGUAUGUUCUUGGUGGUAAUGUGGGCUUGAAGGCCAAUGCCUCAGCCAACCCGGAGGCGCUCAAAGUCUUUGCAAGGUUUGUGAGACAGCGUGCACCGGGGUUUAAAUUUUCUUCAAUAAAUAUAUUCGAGGAUGUUCGCACUGAGCGCCAUCGUGAUCAGUGGAAUGCCAACUUGCAUAACUUGGCGAUUGCACUGACUGAAUUCUCAGGUGGAGCCAUCUUUGUGGAGCAUGAAAACGGUCGGGAUGUAUCUGACCUUAAUGGUGCCCGAGGCUCUCGCUUGCAGGUUGCAAAGGGCCCUGUCCGAUUCAAUGCCAGACACAAUUGGCACUACACCGAGGCGUGGCAAGGCCGUAGAGUCUUGCUGGUUGCAUUCAUAAUCCGUCAUGUCGAAUCCCUAUGCAAGGAACAUCUUGACUUUCUCCGCAAGUGUCAUGUUGAUGUUCCGGAAUGCGCGCCCGAGGGCGCGCGGUUGGCGCCUGCAGAAGUGUGUGCUCGUCAGCCGCCAUCCUUGACCUCUACUGCAGCUCAGGAGUCGCUUAGGCCCUUGCCCGCUUCGGUUGUCCCCGCCGUUUGCCCUAAGGAACCUGUGAGCGACCCUGCUAGUCCCUUGAAGCCCGGUUCUGCUCUCUAUGUCGAGAUAAAGUGUGGGUCCGGGCUGCUGUGGGCUCGGGUGCGGCGGGACGGAUUCCAAAUCAUAGCGCUUGAACAUUCUCGCCCCGCUGGGCGAGUGCACACUCACCUUGUCCCUGUGGACAUUGAAACUGAGUCGGGUUUCUCCUUUGCGCAGACUGUCAUCAGCCAAGACGCCCCUUUUCACGUGCAUUUCUUUCCUGCGACCAAGGAUUGUUUUAAGGCUACUUUUAGCGCCGGGCAGACCAUUCGCCUCGCCAAGCUCUUGCUUGCAUGUGAUUCGCAUUGGAGUGUCUUGCAUCCCCUGGCGUCAGCCCUGUGGAAACAGCUCGACUUGCCCGACAACCUCCAUUGCGUAGACUUCUGUGCAGGUUGCUACGGGGCUCCCUGUCCGGUAAAAAUACGUCUGUGCACAACCCAGGCCGCGCUGGCUGGCAUGCCGGUGCCAGCAUGUCGUUGUCGCCCCGGGCCCCACGCUGCGGGCUCGCUUGCACCAGAUGUCUUGUACACACCCAAAUUCUGUGAUGUGUUUGAUCGGGGGGUCGUCGGUGCGAAACAGGUCGGAAGCCUGUCAGGUGUGCCUUCAGCAGUUACCUUUGGCAUUUACCGCACGGAACAAGAGUUUGUGGCUCAGGCAUUGCAUAUCGAUCAUCCCUUCGACUUGUGCGUGGCAGUCCCAGACUUCAUGUUGAGAGCGUUGGCUUUUACCUUGAAAGAGGGCCCGGUUGGUGUGAUGAAACACCGUCUGAAUUUGCUCCAGCAGUGGACUUCUUGGAAACGCGAUUUGGCUGGUGCCGAAGCAAAUCUGCAUGCUGCCAUGGAUCCUGGUGUAGCUUCUGUUAUGAAGGGCAAGAACAUCUUGCUUUUGGAGAAGAUUGCAUCAUCUUUCAGUUGGCCUGACACUGAAGUCUUCGAACACCUCAAGCAUGGGUUUCCUUUAGUGGGGGAGUCGAGUCCUUCUGGCAUCUUCGAUGUGGAUAGAAAACCGGCUCUGAUGACAAGGGCAGAGCUUGUGCAGCAUGCUAAAUUCCUUAGGCCUGCGCUGUGGGCGAAGGUGGCGAACGCGGAGGUGGACGAUUUAGCUCGGGAAGUGUGGGACUCCACACAGCAAGAGAUGCUAGUCAAGGAGUGGCUGACAGGGCCUUACUCGUGGGACGAGCUGCAAGCCCGUCAUCCGGAAGGCUGGCUUCCGGUGCGGAGGUUCGGCAUUGUGCAAAAAGCCAAGACGCGGUCGAUAGACGAUUUGGCCGAGAACUCUGUAAACUGCGCUUAUGCUGUUUCCGAUCGGAUUUCUUUGAGGGCCCUUGAUGAAUUGGUCUGGCUUGCGAUCACCCGCUUUAAGAUCUUCAUUGCAAAAGGCGAGGUGAGCAUCCCUUUGUCGGACGGUGACCAUCUUCGCUUUCCGGUGCAUUCUUUUUGGAGGGCCCUGAAGCCCGAUGCGCUUCAGCCGAGCUUGAAAACAGUGGACUUGAAAAGUGCUUAUAAACAGUUGGCGGUUUCUCCACGAGACCGCUGUCUGAGCAUAGUGGCCAUCAAGGACCCGGUUUCGGGGCUUGCGUUUGGCUUCGAGAGCCGAACCCUUCUGUUUGGAGCCACCUCGUCGGUGGUUUCAUUCAAUCGCGUUGCAAGAUUGCUCCAAAGGGUUCUGAUUGCGUUGCAGGUGCUCGCCUGCAACUACUUCGACGAUUACCCGGUGUUAGAGGUCUUGCCGCUUUGUAACAACACGCAGUCGACUAUCAGAGCCGCGUUGGACCUGCUGGGUUUCGCCUGGGCAGAAGAUAAGGAUCUUCCCUUCAGCCAUGAGGCCGAACUUCUAGGCGUUCGGGUUGACCUUGGUGGCUUUGGGGUAGUUAAGAUUGGGAAUAAGCCCGAACGUGCUACUGCCAUCGCUGAGGCGGUGGACUCCGUCUUGAGUGCGGGCCAUCUUGAUCCGAAGACUCUGCCGUCUUUGUUCGGUCGCCUCCAGUUUGCCGAGGGUCAGCUGCACGGGCGAUUGGGCAGAUUGGCACUGGCCGACCUUAGGGCGUGCACGAUGAGUUCUCAGGCCAAAGCCCUUGAUGCCACGGCUGUGCAGGCCCUUUGUAAUCUUAGGUCCCGGGUUCUUGGGGGUACCCCUAGGAUAGUCCCGGCCUGUGUGGGGUCUCGCCGUUCUGUGAUUUUCACAGAUGGAGCGUAUGAGCCGACGAAUGAAACUCACCCUGCCACUGUCGGAGGAGUCUUGUACCAUUUCGACAACGGCGCGUGGUGCACUUUCUUCUUUGCAUGUGCUAUCCCUUUGAGCGUUGUACAGAGCUGGGAGGCUCUCGGGAAAAGGCAUUUGAUAGGCCCAGUUGAGAUGUAUGCAGUGGUAUGUGCGAGAGAAGCGUGGUCGAAGCACUUGAACAUGCAGAGGGUGACCAUGUAUGUGGAUCACUCCGGAGUGUUGGCCUCUUUGGUGAAAGGCUCUUCAAAAGACCCUUUGUGGAGGCAACUCUUGCUGAUCUUUGAGAGAUGCGACGCUGAGGCGAUGCUCCCAUGGUUUAGCCGCGUUCCAAGUGCAAGCAACCCGGCCGAUCCUCCUUCGAGAGCUAAGUCAAUCUUUCCAGUCAGGGGGCAGGUGUGCAGAGUGUCGCCUCGAUGCCCGAUCAAAGGCAAUGCCACGAUUGAUCUCCUUCUUAAGUGA